AUGCGCCAAAGAGAUAUCACUCCUCCCCCUUCGCUUAUAUCAGGCCUUCCAGAUGAUUAUAUCACGACAUCCUUCUCAAAACUGGAAUACCUGUGUGAACUUGCAGAGGAAAUCUCCGAGUCUCUCAACGAAAACAGAGGAGGUAACCAGUGGCUCCUUGUUUCCAGUCUUCCAGCACGCAUGAUCCGAAAGCUAGACGGCGAAGAACGUGACACUCUAGGCCCUUCAUACCGCUUCCAGUGGGAAGGAUCAACUGGUCUCAUCAAAGUGAUUCCUCCAUCAUAUGGACACGGGGUUAUCAUAAGCCGAUUGUUCAGAGCCAUUCUUAGAAAAUUCUACCGCAUGGGCAUCGACGACACUGAAUACGAUUGGCGCGGAAGAACAACCUUCACGCCUACCAAGAAGGGUAAACAGGCCGACGAGACCUUCUUUCCACAACAUCGCUUACAAAGCUUGCAAUAUGGUCGCUGUGGCUGGCCCACGCUCGUUAUCGAAAGAGGCGUAUCAGAAUCUCUCCGUCGGCUCCGAGAAGAAGCGAAAUGGUGGUUUACCCAUUCAAAGGGACAAGUGCGCAUUGUCAUAGUCAUCGGAAUCAGUGAGACAGAGAAAGCUGUCACAUUUGAAAAAUGGCAACUGGCCCCCCCAGAUGCGCCCCUGCCUUUGACUCGCGAGUACCGCAAUGCCUUAGCAAGCUCCCUUCCUCCCUCCCUCCAGCAACCAGCAGAGACACAGCAAGCAUAUUUGGCCCAGAAAAUUUACGUUAGGCCUGGUACUGUUGUUGGAACCCCUAUGGUCCUCCCGUUUGCUACGUUGAUUGACCGGCCACCAGGACCUAGCGAAAACGAUGUCAUUCUCGAUGAUAAGGAUGUUAAGUUAAUCACCCGAGAUAUAAUUGGGAACUAUUAA